AUGUAUUGGGUGGAUAUGCUUGCCGCGUGUUCAGCCUCGUCUCAAGCUGUCACCACGUUUCCGAGAGGGGCUGUUGCAGAGCCGGAAAAGAAAUCACCACUUGCGGAGAAACCAGUGGACACCAUCUCCAGCGCUCCCACCUCAAGUUUGUCACCGCACAUGGAGGACUGGAUGAGUCAUCCAAUCAUCCAAGAAUUCAUCAAGAACUAUCCACUCUUUGAGAAGCUUGAGGCAGCGCUCAAUACAUCUUCUUCUUCUUCAAACAGCUCACUUGAUGUCUCUACUGCUCAUAAUCUGAGUUUCAACAUGACGCCACAACCAAAUCCGCUUCAAUUCGAAAAGACAAUCAAACCAGAGAUCUCUGCUGAAAGAUCACCAAUUCCUCACGGUUUCAAGGUUAACCCAACUUCCAGCACAACCCCGGGAACUGAAUACCAAGAUUCCGGAUCUCUGAGCACAAUGGAGCUCUUUAAGGCGAUAAAUGCACAACGUCAAAUGGCGUUCAAUUUGCCCAUUUUCGUUCCAAACUUCGCCAUGUAUUCGUACCCAUCGGCUCCACUUUCUACGUCUUCAAUCUCUGUUAUGAAAAAAGAAAAAAAGAAGAAAUGGGACAAAAACUCGGAAGAGUACAAGGAACACAGAAGCGAACUUUUGAGGAGAAAUCGUCAAAAAAGAGCAGAAAAAGAGAAGAAGCUGACGGUUCAGGAGAUAGUGGAGAAAACCAAAGGGACAGCAAAAUCAGACGAAGAAAUCUUCAUGGAAUUCUGUUCCCGGUUCUUCCCCCUAAAGCCAGAGGAAUCUGCUCCUUGUAGUGAUACCAAAUCUUCUGGAAUUUGA